AACAGUGAGUGUGUGAAACGAGGAACGAAAUUGGUCGCGCGCGGGAAUCAGCGGUUGUGUGUUUGGCCUUUUUCUGAUUGUGAUUUAUUCCGAGAGAUUGUGAUUGCCAGUGUGAAACGUGUGUUUUUUACCUACCAAGUGAGAAUCUACGUGUUGGAGUUGAUGCGAUAGAGUGUAUGAAACUGGAUAACUUAUAAUAAUGGCAACGUUAGAAGAACAAGCAUCAAAGCUUUUGGAUUUUAAUCAGAAGCUAGAUAUAACGCUUCUUGAUAAUAUAGUAGGUUGUAUGUAUAGUGGGAUAGGUGAGCAACAAAGAGUUGCACAAGAAGUAUUAACCACACUUAAGGAACAUCCAAAUGCAUGGACACGUGUAGAUACUAUUCUAGAAUAUUCACAGAACCAACAAACAAAGUAUUAUGCUUUACAAAUAUUGGAACAAGUAAUAAAGACACGAUGGAAAGUAUUACCACGAAAUCAGUGUGAAGGUAUAAAAAAAUACAUUGUAGGCCUUAUUAUAAAAACAAGCAGUGAUCCUGAGACAAUGGAAGCUUCUAAAGUUUAUCUUAAUAAACUUAACAUGAUUUUAAUUCAGGUGUUAAAACGAGAAUGGCCAAAAAACUGGGAAUCCUUUAUUGGUGACAUUGUCGGAGCAAGUAAAACGAAUGAAAGUCUUUGUCAAAAUAAUAUGACUAUUUUGAAGUUAUUAUCAGAAGAAGUGUUUGACUUUUCCAGCGGACAAAUGACACAAACAAAAGCAAAACAUUUAAAAGAUACAAUGUGUAGUGAAUUUUCACAAAUCUUUCAACUCUGUCAGUUUGUAUUGGAUAAUUCACAAAAUGUUCCCUUAGUAGCUGUAACAUUAGAAACACUUUUAAGGUUUUUAAAUUGGAUUCCCCUUGGAUAUAUUUUUGAAACAGAAUUAAUAAGUACUUUAGUAUUCAAGUUCUUGAAUGUACCAAUAUUUAGAAAUAUCACACUGAAAUGCUUGACUGAAAUUGCUGGUGUUACAGUAUCAACUUAUAAUGAUAUGUUUGUAAUGUUAUUUGUUCAUACAAUGAGACAAUUAGAACAAAUUCUACCACUUGAUACUAAUAUACGUGAAGCAUAUGCAACUGGUCAAGACCAAGAACAAAACUUUAUUCAAAAUCUAGCUAUAUUUCUUUGCACAUAUUUGAAAGAACACGGUCAGUUCAUAGAAAAAAAACAGUUGAAUGACAUGCUGCUUAAAGCAUUGCACUACCUUGUUCUAAUUUCUGAAGUUGAAGAAGUUGAAAUAUUCAAAAUUUGUUUGGAAUAUUGGAACGCAUUGGCAAUGGACUUAUAUAAUGGAAGUCCCUUCAUAGCUCCAUCACCAAGGAGAUUAUUCUAUUGUUCAGUUCUAACAAAAGUGCGAUACAUUAUGAUCAGUAGAAUGGCUAAACCAGAAGAAGUUCUUGUUGUAGAAAAUGAAAACGGAGAGGUCGUCAGAGAGUUUAUGAAGGAUACUGAUUCUAUUAAUUUGUAUAAAAAUAUGAGAGAAACUCUUGUGUAUCUUACUCAUCUUGACUACGUGGAUACCGAAAGAAUAAUGACAGAAAAACUACAAAAUCAAGUGAAUGGGUCAGAAUGGUCUUGGAAGAAUCUCAAUGCAUUAUGCUGGGCAAUAGGUAGUAUUUCUGGUGCAAUGCAUGAAGAAGAUGAAAAGCGAUUUUUAGUAACAGUAAUCAAAGAUCUAUUAGGUCUUUGUGAACAAAAAAAGGGCAAAGAUAACAAGGCUAUUAUUGCUAGCAAUAUUAUGUAUGUAGUUGGACAAUAUCCAAGAUUUCUUAGAGCACACUGGAAAUUUUUAAAGACUGUUGUAAAUAAACUCUUUGAAUUUAUGCAUGAAACCCACGAUGGUGUACAAGAUAUGGCCUGUGACACAUUCAUAAAAAUUGCAUUGAAAUGCAGGCGACAUUUUGUUACAGUACAAAUAGGUGAAGCAGUACCAUUUAUUGAAGAAAUUCUUUCCACUAUUAGUAGUAUCAUUUGCGAUCUACAAACUCAACAGGUACAUACUUUUUAUGAAGCAGUUGGAUACAUGAUAAGUGCACAGACAGACACAGUAGUUCAAGAACAAUUAAUAGAAAAAUAUAUGCUUUUACCAAAUCAAGUUUGGGAUGAUAUAAUAAGUCAAGCAUCUAAAAAUGUAGAUGUAUUGAAAGAUCAAGAAGCUGUAAAACAACUUGCUAGUAUUUUAAAAACAAAUGUAAGAGCUUGCAAAGCUCUUGGGCAUCCAUACGUGAUGCAAUUAGGAAGAAUAUAUUUAGAUAUGUUGAACGUUUAUAAGGUAAUGAGUGAAAAUAUAAGUGCUGCAAUAGCUUUAAAUGGUGAAAUAGUAAUGGAACAAUCUUUAAUUAAAAGUAUGAGAGUAGUUAAAAAAGAAACACUAAAACUGAUCUCUGAUUGGGUUAGCAGAACACCUGAUCAUCAAAUGGUCUUAGAAAACUUUAUACCGCCACUAUUGGAUGCUGUGUUAUUGGACUAUCAAAAAACAAAUGUUCAUUGUGCUCGAGAACCAGAGGUGCUAAGUGCUAUGGCCACUAUUGUAAACAGAUUAGAAGGUAACAUCACGAGUGAAGUACCGAAAAUAUUCGAUGCAGUGUUUGAGUGUACUCUAGAAAUGAUAAAUAAAGAUUUUGAAGAAUUUCCAGAGCAUAGAACGAAUUUCUUUUUACUUUUACAGGUAAUUAACUACUAUAUUGUUCUAAUUGCGGUGAAUGUUUACUGUUUUCCUGCAUUUCUUUCAAUUCCACCGGCACAAUUUAAACUUGUCCUUGAUUCAAUAAUUUGGGCUUUCAAACACACAAUGAGAAAUGUUGCAGAUACAGGAUUGUUAAUACUGUAUCAGCUUUUACAAAAUAUUGAGAAUGAGGAAGCUGCGCAAAGUUUCUAUCAAACAUAUUUCACAGAUAUUCUUCAACACAUAUUCAGUGUAGUUACAGACUCAUCACAUAUAGCGGGUCUUAAUAUGCACGCUACAAUUUUGGCAUACAUGUUUUCAUUGGUUGAACUUGGCCGAAUUCAUGUACCAUUAGGACCUGUACCAGAUAAUACGUUAUACGUUCAAGAAUUUGUUGCAAGAUUACUUAAAGCAGCAUUUCCACAUUUAACAGAUAAUCAGAUUAAAAUUACCGUGCAGGGAUUAUUUAAUCUUGAUCAAAAUAUCCCGGCAUUUAAAGAACAUCUUAGAGAUUUUCUGGUUCAAAUUAGAGAAUACACUGGUGAAGAUGAUUCAGAUUUAUAUUUAGAAGAGCGAGAAACCGCAUUACGAUUGGCUCAGGAAGAAAAGUGGCGACAGAAAAUGUCAGUUCCAGGAAUACUUAAUCCACAUGAAAUACCAGAUGAAAUGCAGGACUGAAUUACCAGUCAUCAUUGUUACCUGCUGCUUCCUGUAAAUCUCAAUAAGAAACAUUCUGUUACUGAGACUAUUGUAUCCUUUGAUCUGCAACUUUCCCCACAUGUACCACAACAGUCAUCAAAAUGGAUAUGCAUUAUAUACUUUUUAAAACCAAAUUUACAGUAUAACAUUCUUGUUAAGGAG